AGAAAGAGAACACGAUUAUGCCUUAAGUCACGCCGGUUUCUGCUGCCCUUGCGUAGAGGACGUGAGGACAGUUUUCCAAACUUUUUGUGGAAAAGCAAAAAAGCCAGAGCCCAAUCCGCAGCCAUGUCGAGGGCCGUGGCCAACCUGACGGCGUCUCUUAUCAAGAAUGGCAAGCCCAAGUUUGAGACCUUCAUGAAGUACGCCCGCGUCGAGAUGGUGCCCCCGUCCCCACGCGAGUUUCCCGAGGUGUUCCGGGGCUUCGGGCAGCUCGUCAGCACGGCAAAGUCUGGCGCGUGGAAGAACUUUACCGUUAAGGAGGCUACCAUCAACACGCUGGUCGGAAUGGAAGUCAUCUUCUGGUUCUACAUUGGCGAGUGCAUCGGCAAACGAAGCAUAAUUGGAUACCAGGUUUAGGAACCCCUGACACUGUCACUCAUCUGUCGGACAUUACGCUAGGUGUUCCACUUGUUCCCUAUUUGGAAUAAAUGUGCCAGUAAACUAGGCGAUUCG